GCUCCUCCGCGCCCCGUGAGGGCUCUGCCCCCGCUGGCCCAGCGCCGCUGUUAGCCGGGCGGGCGCCCGCGGCCCCUCCGGAGAGCUCGGCAGCGCGGCGCCGGGCGCCACCCCGGUACAUGGAUUACCUGACAUGUGAAGUCACUUCUGUGAAGAAUUAGUCUGUAGAAUUGUAUCAAACAAGAAAUUCGUAGUCCAUCCUCAGCCUCUCUGGGUGACUGCAGAAGACAUAGAAUUGUGGCAUCACAGCAGAUUGGAAGUUGAGCAAGUUGAGGACUAUGUCUGAAUGUAUCCAGCUCUCAUUUGCUGUUUGUAGAAUUGGCAUUUACACGUGUUUCAGAGCACUUUGCUGCAAGGGACCGCCACCACCGCGACCUGAGUAUGACUUGGUUUGCAUUGGCCUCUCUGGUUCUGGCAAGACAAGUCUUCUGUCUCAGCUCUGCAGUGAAAGUGCGGAGAAUAUCGUGUCUACCACAGGUUUUAGUAUAAAAGCAGUGCCAUUCCAGAAUGCGAUUUUGAACGUAAAAGAACUUGGAGGAGCUGACAAUAUCAGGAAAUACUGGAGUCGUUACUACCAAGGAUCCCAAGGGGUAAUAUUUGUAUUAGACAGCGCCUCCUCUGAAGAUGAUCUAGAAACUGCUAGGAAUGAACUGCAUUCUGCUCUCCAGCACCCACAGUUAUGUACUUUGCCGUUUCUAAUACUGGCYAAUCACCAAGACAAGCCAGCAGCUCGCUCAGUACAAGAGAUAAAAAAAUAUUUUGAACUUGAGCCACUUGCACGCGGAAAGCGCUGGAUUCUUAAACCCUGCUCCUUGGAUGAUAUGGAGGCAGUAAAAGACAGCUUCUCCCUUCUAAUAAACUUGCUAGAAGAGAGAGACUUCGAACCUUCAAGAAUGUGAAAGCUGAGAGAAAGAAGUUGGUUCCGAGGCAUCACUGUACCUGCUCACUCUGUCACAGCUUAAUUGUGGUGUGGUAUCAAGGCUGAGCUGUGAUAUCUUGAUCAUACAGAGUUAAUGCAGAAUGUCCUUUUGUUAAAAUAAAUGUUCUGUGAAUCAGGUACACAACUAUUUCCAGUAAAGUUGUCUACACUACUGAAGUAGGAAGUUCCUCUUUGUUUACCACUAUUUCUGCACACUGCAUGUUGCUUUCUUGCAUUGUGAUCAUCCUUUGUAGAAAAUUUUACACGCACAAAAAUAACAUAGUCCCUAAAGGAGAAAUUCCACAUGCUACCUUGGAUUUAAAAAAAAUAACUAAUGUCUAAAGAAUUUGUGAGUUUAAUUUAGCUUGUUUAUUGACCUCACAGUAUGGAAAAGCACAGCCACUGAGAACCUUAAUAGGAUACCUAAAAGGCAAGCAGUUUCAUAUUAAUCCAAAGGUAGUUAUUCCUGAGGUUUUACUAAGUGAAAACACAGUUGACAAGUUAGUUGAGUCCUCUUCUAAAGUCACUGCAUAAUCCUGAUGGAGGCAGUUUGGUAUUUUGCCGGAAGUUUGCUGGAAAGUAAAUUAACAAGUAGAUGUGCACAGAUAACAGCACUUGGGGAAAAUAGCCGACAUAAGCAGGUGAUCUAAGUAAGAAGGUUUGUAGAAAUAUAUGAAAGAUUUUAGAAAUACACAGAAGUUGGAUAAAGUAAUAAUUUUCAUUGAAAGUAAUUUUCCAUAAGAAAAGCAGAGCAAAUGUCUGUUAGUUCAUCUGUGGAGGCUUUAUUACUACUUAGAAGUAGAAGUGAUUUUAAAUAAGGAUUGCUUCCUUUAUCACUCAUUCGUAGACUACUACUGUUAUUGUAACAUUGCCAAGGCAUCUAUCCCAUAAUUAAGGCUYGUCCAGUGUUUGUACUACAAGCUUCACUUUUCAAGGGGAUCAUAUCUUGUUCUUUCAAACUUCCUCUGGGCUGAGUGUUACUUAGAAGACAAAAAAAGUAGUCAUUGGAAACAACAUUUGUAAUACAUUUAGAAAAAGCCGAUUUGGUUCGAGUAACACAGUCCACAUUUCCUCUUUCUGUGUUUUCCCCAUUAUAGAUUUGCAGUAUUUUGGCUGCCAUUUGUUGAUUUUUUAAAACCUUAUAUACUGAUCUUGUCCAUUAAAGAAACGUGCCAGGCCACUGGUUCACCAAGUCAGUGACAACAGGGUCUGUGCAGAUCAGUCACUGCACUGGUGCACGCCUUGAAUGCUGUGCCUUGCGCAUGCAGCUAUCCUUGUGCAUGAGUGUCUGCAAACACAGACUCGAGUGAGGUGUCAUUAGUUCCUUAUCGACUCUGCUUCUCUCUUGAAGCACACAACACCUUGUUUUCGGGACUUUAGGUAACAUAUCUUUCCACUCUGAGCAUUUAUUUUCUGUUUGAAGUUUAUUGUAGUUUCACUCUAGUUUAUUUGGGGAUAAGAAAAUAGCAAAUAUCAGCUUUCAAAGGCUCAUAAAAGCCAUUUCUCUAUUACUUGUAAUUUUACUCUUUGUUAAACAAAAUAUUUCUCAUAGGUAUUUUUGUUUACUUCUCAAUUGCGAUUAAUUUCUUGCAUUGCUCCCACUGUUUUAACUGCUUCCUAUUAUCAGAAAAAAAAAGCUGGGAAAACUGGUAAGCUCCUUGUUUAAUUUUGAGAUGGAAUAGGCAGGAAGCCUGAAGGGCAUGUCCUUGCUUUGUUUUUCAUCCUCUUUCCUGCCAGGUCAAUCCUCUCAGUCCUAAUACUCUUGGAACAACUGAAAACUGGAAUUGUUCAUUUUAAAGCACAGAGGAGCCCUGAUUUGGUUCAGUUCUCUCUACACACUUUAGUCGGGACCCAGCUGCCCAUUGAUUUCUGUUGUGUGGGCUAAGGAGGUUCCUUUCCCUUGAUUGAAAGAGGAACUGGAUCUAAUUUACAUUUCCAAACUCCCAAUUUGCUGACAUGAGCUUAAGGGUGACAGAGUCCCCAAAUUUCCACAAGGUCCCCAAAUUUCUGUCCUAUUUAGGGACAAUAACAGAUGAGUGGUGAGGAGGAGUGGGAGCGUUAUUUCCCAGAGAAGUCAGGCAGUUUGGGGAGACAAAAUGAGGGAUUCUGAGCUUUUAUUGCUUUUUCAUUGGCCAUUAGUCAGAAGAUGUGAAAUAAAWUUUUUUUACUACUUUCCCCUUGUUUUCCUUUAGUUGUGGACCAAAAGGUACAGGAAAUGAAAAUAAAAACCAACUCUGUUC